UUGCCAUGCUGAGGGACAGGGACAUGCAUGUAGAGAGUUAGAGAGAAAAUACCUUCUUCUCUCAGUCAUUACAUGAGCAUCGACUGAGGGGCGAAUACCGCAACGAUCGUCAAACGAAUUAUGGACGAGUGAAGUCGACAUGUAGCCUGGUGUUCGUAAAGAGAGAGACGACUACUACUACUCAUAAGAAGACUGUCAAGCUGGCGUUGCCUGCUUCUAUUUACUUUUGGCGGGAAUCGAACUGGCUCUAUUAACACCUGUUUUCCAGAUGAGUGCUCAAAGUUUGCUUCGAUGCAUUAGCGCAGUUUUAUGAGACCUGUGCUACUUUCCUCUUUAGGUUUUAGAGUAGAUAAUCUAUAAAAAGAAGAGUAACAGUACUAUUAACAACUUUAUUCGAACGUUUGCAUUGACCCGUCGUUUUAGCCGCAAUCGAUGUGAAUUCUUUAGAUUGUGAAAGUGUAUACGACACUUACUGUUCAUUGAACUGACGGAUUCAGCGAUUCUCUUUUCCACUCCAGCUAAAAGCACAUUUCAUAGCAAAAAUGACGACCACAACAACCACUCUCCCUCCGACGACAAUGGAGUCGUACAGCUCUGUAAGCUGGUCCAGUGUCUACGUGAACAUGACGGAACCUACAUGCGAACCCAACUGGGGGAAGCUCUGGGGUCCUUUCUUUCUCAUCCUUGUCGCCAUCUUUGGUUUCUUUGCGAAUCUGAGCCUGGUGAUAGUCGUGCUCCGCUACACGCAUUUCCAUACGGCCCCGAACAUCCUGGUGCUCAACCUGGCCAUCGGGGACAUGCUCUAUGUGUUGGUGUCUGCACCAUUCCACGCAGAGCACGAGGUUCACCAUUGCUGGCAGUUUGGUUUAGUAAUGUGUAAGUUGAGUAACGGCAUGCAGGUGCUCUCUCAGGGUGUCUGUGUCUAUUCGCUAAUGGCGGGAAGCAUUGAACGCUACUGUGCCAUAACUCGUCCUGUAGGAGACAACAGCACAAUGUCACCCCACCUCAAGACAUCUCUGGUGGUGACAAUGAUAUGGGUCGUGUCGCUCGCGCUUUCCAUUCCAAUCAUGAAAAUUGCCUCCAUGCCAACUUCAGUAUCGUGCUUUUAUUUGCCGCAUUUCAGCAGAACUGCUCUGAUUCACGAGACAUUCCGCUUCAUCGUUAUGUAUGUCAUACCACUGAUCACCAUCACUUUCUUCUACACCAAGAUGUCGCGAACACUCAUCCUGAGCACGUCUCGAUUCUCGGGAGAACGUCAGCCCGGUGCAGCCCCGCAGCUCAACACUCGACGUCGAGUAGCCAUCAUGUUGCUCACAAUAGCCAUCUUCUUUGGCAUCUCGUGGUUGCCUUACUUUGCGUAUGCCAUGUGGUUCCAGUACUCGUUUGACUACAGGAAGCCCUCGCACAAUACCAUCGCUCAUGUGUUCCGUCAGGUUCGUUUUAUCUUGGCAUUCUUGAACACAUGCUUCAACCCGGUGGUGGUCUACGCCUUGAGUACAAGUUACCGCCGAGCGCUGGUACACACCCUGCGUUGUCGACCAUCUAACGAAAUUGGACGAGAUGGCCCAAGAAGUACUUACUCAGCCUACAAGAACAGUGUCGUGACGGCGAGGAAACGGGUCACCAACCAUAACAACGCAUGCUUUGAAAGCACAGAUAUGACGGUUCUGAGUUCAUGACUAACUAAUAAGUUCUCUUGUUGCGAGCGAACAACUCCAACGUAAAGAGGUAUAUAAUUGGGCUUGAAGCACAGCGGUAUAUCACAACGACCUUGUCAUAGUGUGACAGUCACAUAUUUUAGUCUGCUAUUGACGAAUGACUACUCGUCAGAUAUUAUAAAUACAAUUAAUGCUCACAUUUCUAAUAUUGUACAAUCUUUAAUUUCUUACUCUUAUGAAAACCUGUACAUAAAAAUCAAUAUGCUAUUUUGUGGAAAGCAAGUCGUAAAUAAAACAUGUAUCAGUUGAAUGUUGUUUUAGUCAUUUACAUGAUGUGUUUUCAUGUUUGCUUAGUUGAGCUUUUCACACGAAUGAUCAUUUGUAGACAACAAAGCAAGGACUGAUGGACAUAAUGACGGACUUGAACGCACUAUAUGAAACGACUGAAUUUUGAUAAAGAUUUCGUAUUGUCUUUUUCCACCACCUGACUUUUUACCUUGUGACCAGCGACCUCAACUUUAUUAUUUUUUUACAACGACCGACGCAGAAGAAAGACGACCGGACAAAUGUUUAUAAUUAUUACAACUGUUGUCAAUUUGAUUAACAAUGUACAUGGACAUACGACGAGAAACGAACUACUACACUCCUAAAUACCGUGACAGACAAAAAUAGAGCAUCAUAAAUUAUCAAUGUUUGGUACAUCUUAAUCCGUUAAGUCGUUUACAUCGAUCGUUUCAAGGAACUGACUUAUAUAUCGUAAUCCCUCCCGUUUCUUCUCCCUCAGUGUAAUAUAAAACUAUGAAUUCAAAAUUGCACUGCUGUCUUUCGACGUGAUCUGGAGUGGAGAAUACACGCCAAGUUUCACAGUACGUGACGGACAUUUUUUCACGAACAGACAUGGCCAAGAAUGAAAAACCAAACUAGUCUUUCAAAUACAGUUUGUAAAGUUUCACAGAACUUUGUAGUGACAAGGACAUGAUUUGCAGCCUCAAGUAAUCGCAGUAACUGUUCUCCAUGAAUAGCCAACAAAUAUGCCACAUUAAAAAAAAAAAAAAAUCGUCAUUCAGAUCAAAUCACAUAAACAAACACUUUACUUGCAUAAAUUAAAAGAAGAAAUUCACAGCUUUUAUUCAUGACUGGUAGUAACCGUUAUCAAUAAAAUCAAACACUUUAAAAUGUACUCGGUAACUAUUCUAUAUUGCUAGAAAGGUACAUAUUGUAGAAAUGACAUUUAUUUAGUACAUUGCAUCACGUGGAUAAAAUGAAGUAGUAGUAGUAGUAUAUUUGAAGUAUAAGUACUUGUAUCAGUAGCAGU